AUGCAUCUCAUCCUCACUGGUGCAACCGGCCUAGUCGGUUCUGCCGUGCUAGAUGCCAUGCUCAAGAACAAUGCAAUUUCAAAAAUUUCCAUCAUAACGAGAAGACCUGUACAGAUGGCAGAGGAUGCAAAAGAUUCACGGGUCAACAUUAUCAAUCACAAAGAUUUCGAGUCCUAUCCACCAGAGCUGCUCGAGGAAUUGAAAGAUGCGGAUGGGUGCGUCUGGGCCUUGGGAACAAGCCAAAAUAACGUGAACAAAGAACAAUAUGUCAAGAUAACCAAGGAUUAUGCCCUGGCAGCUGCCAAUGCAUUUUCCACUCUCAAACCUUCCAACCCCCCAUUCCGCUUCAUUCAUGUUUCGGGUGAAGGAGCAACCCAGGCACCAGGGAGAUUUUCAGCAAUAUUUGCAAGGGUGAAGGGAGAGGUUGAAUCUCUUCUUGGCGAGUUAUCGGCCAAAAAUCCAAAUGCUUUCCGGGCCGACAGUGUUAGGCCGGCGUUCGUUGACCCGGCAAACCACGAUGCUAUCAAGCCGUAUAUUCCUUCCAACAACGGGAUUCUGUACGACGUUGGAUUGCAUAUUCUUGGGCCGGGUAUCAGGCAUCUCUAUCAGUCAAUGCACUCCCCCACGCAUCAGCUUGGGCCAUUCUUGACCGACAUGGCGAUGGGACGAAUUGAUAGCCGUUUGCAGGGCCCUGGGGUAUUUAGACUUGGCGGUGGUUGGGUGAUUGAGAAUAAAGGAAUGCGAAGAAUUCUGGGACUGUAG